AAGGGCUGUAUGAAGGAAGGACUGUAAAUCGUAAGAAGCUGCUCUAUAUACAAAGCCGUUCUUUUCCCGCUUCUCUCUCCAAUUCUUAGUGAGGGAACUUUUCCGGUUAUCUUCUCCGGCGCUUCAACUAUUUCCUUCAUCCUAUCGGCUAAGCAAUGCCGCCGAAGAAAGAGCUUUGCAGGAAUUUUCAGCGUGGAUCCUGUAAGUAUGGUGAGCGGUGUAACUACUCUCAUCAAGUAUCUCAGCAACAACGAUCUAAUCAUUUUGGAAAUAGCAUCCAAAACACUAAUCAGUUUCAGACCUCGAAUAAUCAACAACCUAAUCCUUUCGGUUUUGGUGUUAAGAGUAACUCUCAACCUAGAGGAGUGACUGAGUUUGGAUCCAAACAGAAUCCAUCGAAGCCUUUUGAAAACAAGUGGUCUCGAACACCUGAGAAUCAGCCACAAGCCACACCACAACCGCAUAACUGUGCAGAUCCCGAAUCAUGCAAGCGACAAAUCAAGGAAGAUUUUGAGCAUGAGAGGCCAUUAUGGAAACUUACAUGUUAUGGUCAUAACAAAGGUUCUCCUUGCGACAUUGUUGGUGACAUUAGCUUUGAGGAGUUACGAGCCACAGCAUAUAAUGAUGCCAAACAAGGGUUGGCUUUACAGUUUAUUGUUGAGAAGGAGAGGAAUUUACUCAAUGCUAAGUUGCAAGAAUUUGAUAAUUUACUGCGUAAUCCAUAUACAGCGAGACAGACACCUGUCUUGACUACCCAAAAUGCUUUUUCCGCAACUAGUCCUAUUGUCCCGUCUAUACAACCAGCUCAGAAUAUUUCCCCACUUUCAGUGUCGAGUUUCAGCCAACUUGCUGCAUCACCUAGCAAGGGGUUCGGCCAUUCUUCUGGAAAUAAUGCUUUCGGACAAUCAACUACUCCUCAGACAUCUUUCCAGGCGACUAAUGGAUCUGCAACAAACACUUCGCCAUUUGCAAGGGCAGCAGGUUCAAUUCAUGGUCAAAUCCCUAACCCCUCUUUUGGAAAUGGCUUUUCCUCCAAUGCUGCAAGUUUCAACAAUGUAGCCACUGGUGCUGGACAAAAUAUAUUUCCAUCAUCUGGCAAUAAUCAAUCCAUGAUGGGUUUGAAUGUUCCAACUAAUGUUCCGCAGCAAUUUCAGUUUCCUAGUUUAACGAAUAACCAGUCUCAGAUAGGUUUCAAUGGUUUGAAUUCUAUUGUUGAUGCAGCUGUUCAAUCAUCUCUGAAUAUGAAAACAAGUAGUGAUGGCAACAACAUUGAUAAGGGCAUAUGGAGCAAAGCUGAAUGGAUUGCUGGCGAGAUACCAGAGGAAGCACCUCCUGACGAUGUUAUUUUUUAAGUAGUUAAUAUCCGAAUUUUGAUUUCUUUUAAAAUUCUUUAUUUGUAUUAUACUUAACAUCAUAAACACAUUUUUCAUAUUGUUUGUAGAUUUUGAAGUAUCACACCCUCUAUUAUUAUUGUACACUAAAUUGACAUUUUCAA